AUGUCUCGAGACAUCACCAACAGCCCUCGUCGCCCAGAUACCAUUGCUCUGUCAGCACGCGAGAAGCAAGUGUACGAUCAACUCUGGGCUGCCGCCGACGUGAACCAGUGUGGGUUCAUUACCGGCACUGAUGCAGUCUCCUUGUUCGCAAAGUCGGGACUCCCUUCUCAGACUCUUGCACAGGCAAAAUACAUUGAAUAA